AGGCGGCCGGGCGGCCCUUCGCGCCGGGAGGCGCGGCACCUGCGGGCAGAAGCAUCGGCUGCCGCAGAGCCCAGACGACCCGACUCCGAGCUGCCGCUGAGAUGAGCGCAGUGUCGGAGCCGCAGGCUGCCCACAGCCCCCCGGAGAAGCCGGCCAGCACGGCGAUCCUGUGUAACACCUGCGGGAACGUGUGCAGGGGAGAGGUGCUGCGGGUGCAGAGCAAGUACUUCCACAUCCAGUGCUUCAUCUGCAAAGAAUGUGGCUGUGACCUGGCCGAGGGCGGCUUCUUCGUGCGGCAGGGCGAGUAUAUCUGCACCCAGGACUACCAGAGACUGUACGGGACCCGCUGCUUCAGCUGUGACCAGUUCAUCGAGGGCGAGGUGGUGUCGGCGCUGGGCAAGACCUACCACCCCAACUGCUUCGUGUGUGCCGUCUGCCGGUUGCCCUUCCCGCCCGGGGACCGAGUGACCUUCAACGGCAAGGAAUGCAUGUGCCAGAAGUGCUCCCUGCCCGCAUCAGCGGGCAGCAGCGUGCCCCUGUCCCAGGGCCUCUGGAGUUGCAAGGGCUGCGGGGUGGAGAUCAAAAACGGCCAGUCCCUGGUGGCCCUGGACAAACACUGGCAUCUGGGCUGUUUCAAGUGCAAGACUUGCGGGAAACAACUGAACGCGGAGUAUAUCAGCAAGGACGGGCUGCCCUACUGUGAGGCCGACUAUCACACCAAGUUCGGGAUCCGCUGCGAUGGCUGUGAGAAGUACAUCACGGGGCACGUGCUGGAGGCGGGGGAAAAGCACUAUCACCCUCUGUGCGCGCUAUGUGUCGGGUGCGGCCGGAUGUUCGCGGAAGGCGAGGAGAUGUAUCUGCAAGGCUCCUCCAUCUGGCACCCGGCAUGUCGACAGGCAGCCAGAACUGAAGACAAAAGCAAGGAAACCAGAACCUCUGCAGAGAGCAUCAUUUCCGCCCCUGCUUCCAGCACCUCAGGGUCUCCGAGCCGCGUGAUUUAUGCCAAGCUGGGCGAUGAGAUCCUUGACUACAGAGACCUGGCCGCUCUCCCUAAGAGCAAGGCCAUCUACAGCAUCGACCGCCCCGACAUGAUCUCCUACUCGCCCUUCAUCAGCCACUCGGUGGGGGACAGGCAGAGCUGCAGUGAGGGGGAUCAGGAUGACCGCUCCUACAAGCAGUGCCGGACCUCCAGCCCGAGCUCCACCGGGUCGCUCAGCCUCGGCCGCUACACCCCGACCUCGCGGUCGCCCCAGCACUACAGCCGUCCAGGCAGUGAAAGUGGCCGGAGCACCUCCAGCCUCUCCGUGCUCUCAGACAGCAAGCCUCCCCCCUCCACCUACCAGCAGGCUCCUCGCCACUUCCACGUCCCAGACACUGGCGUCAAAGAUAACAUCUAUAGGAAACCCCCCAUCUACAAGCAGCAUGGUCCUGUAGCCCAAUCCCCAAUUUCCAAGCUCUCGGGCCUGAUGUCAGUCUUGUCCUUGGUGGUGCACAAGGGAGGGUGCUCCAAAAGGCUAGAAGGUCCGAGCCCUCCGCAGGCUGCAGCCGCGAGGCGAUCAGAUGGGGAGGACGGAAGUUUCGACCCGGAUAACAGGAAGCAGAAGACCAACUGGCUGAUGCUCAAGGGGGACGCAGACACUAGGACCAACUCUCCAGACCUAGACAGCCAGUCUUUGUCCCACAGUAGCGGGACCGAUAGAGGCCCUCUCCAAACGAUGCCAGGGGACAACAUAUACUCACGGUUCCCCUAUUCCAAGUCUGACCCUGUCCCAGGACAUGGCAAGAAUGGCUUGGACCACCGGAUCUAUCCUUAUGACGCCCUCAUCGUCACAAACCGAAUCCGCGUGAAGCUGCCCAAAGACGUGGACCGGACGAGACUGGAGAGACACUUGUCGCCCGAGGAGUUCCAGGAAGUGUUUGGGAUGAGCAUGGAAGAGUUUGACCGCCUGGCCCUCUGGAAGAGGAACGACCUCAAGAAGAAAGCCCUGCUGUUUUGACGCUGCCGAGGCCCCUGACCACGGGCACGCCUGCGGGAACCACCAGACCCCUCCUCUUGCACUUGGCUUUGGCUUCUCUGUGUCCACGGUGGGCGGUGGGUGCCUGGAAGGGCCGGGCUGGGGCCUGGGGGCGGGAGGAGGUCCCAGAGCAGGUGCAGCCCCCCCGUUUCUGCCAGCACCGCUCCCGCCCGUAGUUUAGGGCCCAGACGCCUGGCUUCGCACUAUUCCUUCCCCGCUGUUGCUUGCCGUCAGGGAGAUGCUGCAAGUCACUGCCCCGGAGAUGGGGGAAUGGACAAGUGCAGCCCACCUCCCAGGCCUCCGGGCAGUGCCCACCCCACGCUGGGCCCUGGGGCCACAGAGGCGAUGGGACCGGAGCUUUGAGGAGGCCUGUCAAUGACAGGCGCUGACAGGGUCAUGGGUGGGUGGGCGCACGGCGUGGCCCCCCUCACCCGUUCAGCCUCAGGAGGCACGGCCUGGCACAUGGGCCCCCCACCCCCGAGGCAGGGGGAGUGCCACCCAGGGCUGCAAGAAGCAUGGGGGCUCGGUUUUCACGGCCUUUGUGAUGAAUCAGUGUUUAGGGAGGAACUUCAGUCUAAACAGGCACCUUCUGCCAGGGCCCUCCGUGCACUGCAUUUUUCUUCCAGAUCAUCCCUUAGAUGCCUAAAUGAUAUCUUUAAAGUAACACAGAAGUUUUUAUUUUAUUAAAAAGUAGAGCCUACUUAAAGAUGACAUAUAUACAGAGUUUAAUUCUAUGGUCCCGCUGAAGGGGAGCACCUCCAGCCUGAUUCUCCACUGUUCGCAUCUGUGUGGUUUCAGGUUUUGGGUGUGUUCCUAAUACACAGGACUCCUUGUCUGUUUUCUUUGUGCUUUUUUGCUUUUUGACCUGUCAUACAGGUACCCCGAAAGGCAGACCCACUCCCCACCCCCCCAUAAUGCUGUUUGUAAGUACACGUAAAGUACAGCCACCACUGUUUUUCUCGCUGUCAUUUUCCAAGUCUUGGAGAGAAGACAUCCUCCCCUGACGGCCAGUGCCCCAGAAUGAAGGAUUUCCAUGCCCUCUUGGUGACGUGGCCAGGGGUGUCCCACCUUCCCCCCUUCUCCCCCAUAAAACACAGACACCCCCAGGGAGGGAUGCUCAUGCCUGGUCCUGAGACCGACAGCCAGACCCUUGGGGAGACGGGAUGGGAGGUGCCGCCUAGAUCCACAAAGUCAGCAGGGCAUCCACGGCAGGAGGCCGGCGGGUCCCCCACUGGAAGGCGUCCUGCUUGUGAUUAGGUGUGGGCUAGAGCGUGGUGCCUGACACGGAAUGUUUGUCAAUGCGUUGAGAGGCCUGUGAAACACUGCAAAGGUGUCCCCAGAGUCUGCCCCCUCCCUGUCUUUGUGAAGCUGCAUCUUUCUGUGUUUCCUGGAUGUUCCCAUCCGUGAGUCAACGUCACUCAGCUUCCUUUUGGCCCCGUAACACGCCAGUCCCUCUGCGCACCUGGCUUCUCACCAGCCCGGCUUGGCCAGGGAGGGGAGUUCUCAGCACCUAGUACGCUUCCCUCCACUUUGCGAUCUGAGCCCGGGCCACUGGAAACCCCCAGUUUCUCACUAGUGAACAUCAUUUUCAGACUAGGGGAGCCUGGAAAAAUAAAG